AUGAAGAGAUUAAAGAUUGGUAUUAGGACCCAACUAAUGGUUCUUGUUGGGUUUGCAUCACUACUAUCGCUUCUUAUUCUUGGUCUUGUCACUGGUAUUUACUUUAGCAACAACUUGAGAAAUCUACGAUCAGAACGACUAGAGGUUAUAUCACAACUAAAAGCUACCCAAGUUAGCCAGUCCAUUACAUUCACCCAAAUAACAGUGGCAUCCUUAGCACAAGUGGAUAGAGUACGAGAUCCUUUGCUGUUGCAUAAACAGGGAAAUGACCUGUCGGACUUAUUUGAUGGAGUGGAUUUACUAUUUUUGCAGUAUACAUUCACUGAUCAAUUUGUAUCUGCCAGAUUAUACGAUAUGGAUUGCAAUAUUGUUACAACAACCAGUGAUGAAUUUGUUGUUGUCAAUAAUGCAACCAAGGACAUGCUAUAUCCCAUACCCGAUGGAGGACCACUACCAGAAUUAGUUGAGCUGUAUACGCAUGAUGAAAAAUAUCAAUUUUAUUACACAGGACCCCUUCCGAACAAUACUCAUGUGACUACUGACCCAUAUUUUGCCGGAAUUACAGUUGCUGUUUUCGACGUGGACGAUCCUGAUAUGAUAAUUGGGUAUCUAUCUGUCAUUGCUUCGGCGUCCUCCAUUUUUGGUGCACUCAACUCAACAACGUCCAGUGACUAUUGGACUAUAGCAAUCGAAGCAGUCUACAAUGAUAGCACGUCUGAUUAUGAUGUUAAUAGAACUGCAGGCGAGCUUGUGGGUUUUGAAUCAGUUUUUCCAAAUAAUGGGGCACUCAUUCAGCCUGACCAUUUUUACAACAUCAACAACUCAGUGCUUGUGGGGCCUGCGUUCAGGUCGAAUAAGACGCUGAAUGUUGUGAGAAAUAUGAGAUCAGUAACCGGGGUCAAACUUUCGGCAGCAUAUUACAAAAUUCAGUUUAGUAACUGGCGAUGGUUGAUUAUAACAUCUCAAAAACAAUCUUCCUUUAAUGCACCGGUAACCAAAAUGACCCACAUAAUUAUCGGAGUCACCAUUGGUGUAGGUUUUUUCAUGUGCUUCGUGACUUUUACAUUGGCCAUUUGGUUCAUUCGACCGAUUACCAGGCUCAAGGAAGCUACUGAGUCUAUUACUAGAUACAAGAAGGAUAAAAAGGGUGGUAAGAAAAAUGCAGACAAUGGUGGCGAUACACCACCGCCCGAUUCGAGUGAUACAUUGAAUGAUGAAAAGCUUUCUAAAAGGGAUAGUGUUCACUCAAUGUCAACUAACGGAUCAGAAUCUGGCUACUCCAGCGGAAUUCGAUUACCUUCGAGAAUUCCUAGAUCCAAGAUGCUUUUUAAGGAUGAGCUUACUGAGUUAUCAGAAGCUUUCAAUAUCAUGACCGAGGAAUUGGAGAAGCAGUAUACUCAUCUAGAAGAUAGGGUUAAAUUGAGGACAAAGGAAUUGGAGGCAUCAAAAAUAGAGGCCGAGGCUGCGAAUGAGGCAAAGACUGUGUUUAUUGCCAACAUCUCACACGAAUUACGUACCCCAUUGAAUGGUAUACUAGGAAUGUCAUCAAUAGCCAUGGAGGAAGAAGAUCAAGAUCGAUUAAAAGAUUCACUCAAGUUAAUUUACCGAUCAGGUGAACUUUUGCUUCACAUUUUGACUGAAUUGUUGACUUACUCCAAAAACACACUCAACAGGUCAAAGUUGGAGAAAUCGAAUUUUCAAAUUCUUGAAAUUGUUUAUCAAAUACAUUCAAUCUUCACCAAACUAGCAUUGGAUCAAAGAGUCAACUUCAAAAUAUUGAUCAAACCUCAAGUGUUUAGGAAGUUGAUUCUUUAUGGGGACUCAAAUAGGAUUAUUCAAAUAAUCAUGAAUUUGGUUUCAAAUGCGUUAAAAUUCACUCCUGUUGAUGGAUCUGUUGGGGUCUCAUUCAAAAUGAUUGGUGAAUAUGAUUAUGAGAGAUCAAAAAGGGACAACUUUGAACACGUAUACAUUCUCGAUAAUAAUGUCACCGACCCCACAAAUCUAUCUUCAAGGUUAUCAAGAACUCAGUUGUUGUCUCCAGCAAGACCAGCCUCGCCAUCUUCACCAGCUUCACCACAAAACAAAGCUCCGGUUUUGUCACCGGUAUUUGAAUUUGACAAAUCUAAUGAUUAUUUCAGUGAAAAGCCAGUAUCAGCAUCUGGAACUACCAGUACCGACGCAAACAAGACGGAAUCAAGGAAAGCAGCCAAUGACCCUGUCAAUGGAAGCAAUUCCGGAUCUUUCGGCAGCAACAAUGCCACUGCAGUCACUAAUAACGACACGAACGAAACUAAUAAUGACAAUAAUGACCAGAAAAUAAAUACAAAUGUAACUGACGACGACAUGCAUUCGAUUGCAACUUUAGCAACUGUGCAGUACGAAAACAAGAUACACGAAUCACAAUUCAACAAUAAACCACUUCCACUGACUCCAAAUAUAAGUCCCGGGAGCUCAUUGGAAAAAAUCCCGACACGAAACAGUCGAACUCCGUCUGUCACAACCAUAAACUUUGAUCACACGUAUAGAGCUAACCAAACAUCGUCAUCUGGUGAGUUUAAGACGUAUCCUGCUUUGGACAAACGAUCUGAAUUUGAUACCAACAUGUCUAAUCAUGAAAUUGUCAAGGACAAUAAAGCAUUCAGAAUUAGGAAAAUGUAUAAACCAAAGACCUGGGUUGUUCAAAUCAAAGUAACUGACACUGGAUCUGGUAUCGAGCCGUCAUUGCAAGAGAAGGUAUUUGAACCAUUUGUACAAGGAGAUCAAACUUUAAGUCGAAGCUAUGGUGGAACUGGAUUAGGCUUGAGUAUAUGUCGACAACUAUCGAAGAUGAUGAGAGGAACUUUAACUUUGGAUUCGACAACCGGUAAAGGUUCAUGUUUCACGUUGACACUACCAUUACCGCAAACGGGAGAAAUUGUAGUUCCUCAGCAAGAUUUAGAAAUGUUUUGCGAUGAUGAAUUCAACCCCACUGCCAAGAGUAAUCGAAAAGUGGCAUUUGACGAAAAAGCAGUUGUUGUACACAAUGAUGCCAAUGAUACCACAAUGACAUUGGAAUCAAUCAAAAAGAGUAAUAGUACUAGUAGUGGCUCAUCAACAGGUGAAGGUGUAUCUUCAGUCACUAAAAGUGAAACGUCAAAUUCAUCAGCUUCAAUGCAUGGUGACGGUGACAGUAAUGCUCAAGAGCGGAGCCACCAUACUGAUGAUCCUGAAAAUGAGGAAAAAAAUUCAUCAGUACUGCAAUUGAAUGCGAAACCGUUGAAGCGCUCAGUUAAGCCCACCAAGUCUAAAAACAAUCUACACAAUUUGCUUGCCGAGAAGCCCGAGUUGUUUCAUCAAGGAUCCACUGGUACUGCUAAUUCUGGUAUGGAUACUAAAUCUGUCGAUUCUGAUGAACAACAUUAUCAAAGCAAUGGACACCAUAAACUUCAGCCAGCUAAUGAUGUUGUUGAUGCCAAUGGCACUGUAAUCAAAGCCAAUGGCAAAUCCCCCAAGCAUCGUCGCAGCAACUCCCAUUCAUCAAAUGAAGACAUUGCUUCGCUCAAGAUCUUGAUUGCUGAAGAUAACAAAGUAAAUCAAGAAGUAAUCAAACGAAUGAUGAAAUUGGAAGGUUUCACCAAUUUGACAAUGGCAUGUAAUGGAGAAGAAGCGAUUGAGUUUGUUAAAUUAGCCAAUGAAGCUCAUGACCCUUUUGCUUUAAUCUUUAUGGAUGUGCAAAUGCCCAAGAUUGAUGGGUUAUUAGCCACAAAGCUGAUUCGACAGGAUUUACACUUCCAAAGACCUAUAAUUGCCUUGACUGCAUUUGCUGAUGAAAGUAACGUUAAGGAGUGUUUUAGUUGUGGUAUGAAUGGGUUCUUGUCUAAACCAAUCAAGAGAAAUAAUUUACAACUGAUUUUCAAAGAGUUUAGGCCACGAUUAUUGGAGGAUGCACAGAGGAAUAAAGUUGCUAAUGGGCGAGCUGAUGAUGUGGCGAUGGAGGAUUGA